AUCUGUAUGAAGGAUCUCCACCGUCGUCACCUCGUCGCAAAGCAUACAGCAGGCAACGUUGAACACAAGGCUUAAUUUGGCGCAUAGGAAUACCCGUCAUGGCGCCCAUACGUCGGUAUCUUCGCAUUACUAAAUUCUCAGUCCUCGAGGUCCGCAUCUACCUCGACAAUCCGGCCCUCGCCCAGUCAUGGCUGUUAAACCCCCGCGCUCCGGUCCUUCCGAAGGUCAUUGAGGCUGUGCGACCACUGGUGCUGCCCAAACUGCGUGAGGAGCGAGAAAGAUCCAGAAAAAAGAGCACCAAGAAACGAGCCAUCAAGGAUGUUGUGACAGAAGACGACUUCGAGGUCGCCAUCUUCUUGACAGAAACCGACACACGGCACAGCAUUCUGUACAAGGAUAAGCGCUUCCGCGACAAGACGCAGACCAGGCUGCGCUCAAACUCCAAGAAGCUGACUGGCGGCGACUCUGCGGACGCGGCUAUAAAUGUCGAGGGCGAUGACGACGCCGCAGACUCCAACAGUGAUGUUGAGGUCAUACAGGCGGCAGACGGUGAUGAAAUCCCCAUGAUCCGCCGGGAAGACAGCGACGACGACGCAGGCGUCCCACUGCACGACAUACCAGCAGCCCCCGGUGCUGGUGCAACUGUCAGCGAGGGGCGCGGGACCAAGCGGAGGCGGCAAUCAACGGUUACUGCAAUCAACAACAAUGAUAAAGACCAGAAUGAUGAUGAUGCUUUUGAGAUCGUCGACAGUGAUGACGAAGAUGACGACCUGGAAUCAGAAUCCUCACACCCUACGCGGAGCAAGCGUGCGCGGCAGCCCGCCGCUGAGGCUGACGAAAAAAAGAAGAAGCUCGCCAUGGACAUAACAUAUAACAGCUUUGCCAUAUACGGGCGUGUUUUGUGUCUUGUGGUCAAGAAGCGCGGCGUGGGAAACAGCAGCAAUCUGUCGGCUGCUGCAGCUACAUCCGGACAUGGCAAAGCUGCCGCGGCGAGUAGCCGAGCGGCAGGUCAGGCCAGGAUGGAGAACUGGAUCGCUUCGACGCAAAUCAUGCCGGUGGCCGAGCAAGGGGAAGAGGGGGCUUGAGAUUUGGCCGUUGAUCGAUGCAUGCAAGGGAUGCCCCUUCUGUCGAUACCUGCAUGUCAUGUUGCACCCGGGUGACCAGCAUGGCAUUCACCUCUACGGUAGGCUGCUUGGAGAUCAUGCGAUAGUGCAGAAUAUCGUGAUCACAUUCCUCCCGUUCGAGCGAGUUGCAGGCGCAUCCUCAUUUCCCCUCACUGGAUACAACUCUUUUGCAUGGGACUGUGGCAUGCGGACAGGCACAGUGAGAAAUCAGUUAUGGAUCAAGCCACGGUUAGAAGCGUCGACCGGUGGAUGCAUCAACGUACCGGUACAAGGAUGGCAUCGCGAUGCAUCACACAAUAUCAAAAAUGCCCAGUGGUUUUCAGAAGUGGCAGCAAAGCUCUGAGGAGUGUCUGUAUACGUCCCACUAUCGCCAUCGACCUCCCCACCAGCGCCAUCUCCCUUGCAUCGAAACUAGGUGAAGACCGCGGCGGGCCGUACGCCAUGCGUCCAAACCAGUACACCCCCCAUCUAGACGCACAUCCAAACGCCCCCCGGAAGAUCAACAAUGAAUUCGAGAUGUUAGGUGCGCCCGCUCCGGCGACGCAGCCACUCGUCCGCAUCUAAGAGCAUCGCAAGUAACAUCUGCGCCGAGAAGGAGUCGGGCGGAAGGGAGGGGCGUCAAGAACCGAACCUUUGCAUUCAGCUGAGUCUACACAAUAGCCCAACGAUUUAAGGCUGCCAAGACUGCUUCGUUUGUGUGUCUAUUUUUCUCUCUUACACGCAUGCCUAGUGCGCCUCGGCCGUCGUCCGCCUCCGGGGAAGGGAGAUAAGCGACUGGUGCGCAGCCUCAAAAAAUGCACUUGGGCCUAGGGUGCAUGCAGCAUUUCUCGCCUAACGGAAAGCACGCCGCCCCCCCUUUUUAAAAAUAGCCCUCUCAGUGACAAACGCCAAGCCAUUGAUACUAUAUUUCUGCCACAUGCCAUGAGGCUGCCCGCGUGCUCCGAUGGAUUGACUGCGGCCCCGGGCUGACUAUUGACAGCAUAUCAACGUGCUCUCUGCGCUGGCCGUUACAUCCAUGCAUGCAGCAUGCACAAUGCAUGCAGCCCCUGCGAUUUUCCCCUAUUCAGCCAACAUCAAACGUGCUUGUUUUAUUUGGCUCGCAGUCCUAGCCUUUUAUUGCGCUGGAGGUGGACGACAAAACACAACCUGCAAUAAGCUCAUACCGUUGAGAUAGUGGCGGCCGCACCGGGCAACCAAGGCCGGCGUGCUAUGGCCUGAUCUUGUGCUGAAUCUGCCACAAUUCGCAGGUCGCAAAGAUUAACCCCCUUUGGCCCUGAAGCCAGUCUUGCCGGUUGAGAGCAGUUUAAUUUCGAGUCCUUUCCGCUUCAGGUAUGCACUACGUUGGCAUUGGCCAAGCCAUCAGAGGUUUAGCCUCGCAUUUUGCGUAUUCUGAGCCAAUCACGAGCUCGAUUCACUGGCUUCGCAUAGCCCGGCGCAAAGGGGAACAAGUGCUUCUUGGAGGACCAGAAAAGAGGCUUUUGUCGUUCCCGCCGCGUCCGCCCUGUGAUAAGGCGUGUUUGCUAGAGCGUGCUGAGCCGAGCAGCUCGGCCAAUGACAUGUAGCCUGCUAUGUAGUUAGGGUCAAACCCAGAAACGCUAUUUUUAUUACUCUUGUCGUUGCUUGUGCUUUUUCUACCUCAAUUUCCCCCCCUCAUUCUGCAAUCGAGAUCUCGAUCGCAUUCGUGGGGGUUGGUCGUGUCUUUUUUUUCUACUCUGACCCAUGACAGGGCUUGCGCGCCCCAACACUCUAUCUGCCUCGUUGGCGUCAAGCCUGGUCAGUUUGCACAUGACCUAUUAUAUGUUUUGCAAGCAUAUUCAAGCCAGGGCAUUGGCGGCGCCAGGGCUCACGUUUUCUUGACAGAAAAAAAAAAAAAAAAAAAAAACUAAACCGUGUUUGUAAUCAUUUCCCC